AGUGAGCAGUCACCGCCCAAUGUGGAAACCCGAGCUCUCUGAGCCAUGGAGAUACCCGGCAGUGUGUGUGAUAACAGAAGUACUGCUCACCCCCGACAGGGUCGAGGCGCGUGAUUCAAACAACUCGAGAGUUUUUUCUCCCCCCACGAGCCUCUCCGUGUCGCGUGAGCCGACUGCCCUUCCCCUCCCCAUCUCCAGCACAUCUCACGAUAAUUUAACAGGAGCUGCCAACACCGAGCUCCAAACACCUCAAACUUCUCAAAUUUUCUCUGUCUCCCCCUCCGCCUCACCUGGUUUGCGCGCGAUAGCCAGUCGGACCAGCAGCCUUCACUCUGGUGAACGCCGCACCAACACAGAGGAUCAGGAGCGCUGUUUGGUUUUCUCCGAAACUGUUGCGAAGAAAAUUUCAUCAACAGACGAUAAGAGCGAGGGAGAUUACGAAAGUGACGAUAACAGAAGGAGCAGUAGCAACAACAACAACGGUAACAACAACGAGAAGGAGGAGGGGAACAACAAGGAAGGGGAGGGGGAAGAGGAAGGAGAUGAUGAUCGUGAUAAAGAGGGGAAUAACAACAGAAACAAUGAGGACAACAGUGUUAUCGGUUUUGGGGAGAGCACGGGUGAGAUAUGUGCCGGAGGUUUGACAACAAGAGAUCGUGUUUACCUGCUGUGGCCGGCCGCUCAAACUCAAAGUGAUACCAGACAGCAGAGAGAGGAGGCGGGAACAGCGGAGGGGAAAGAGAAAGAGGAGGAGGAAAGAGAGGAGGAAGAGGGGGAGGACGGGGGCGCCGCGGCAAGAGAGAGAUCAAUCGAGGAGCGGGCGAUCGAGGGCUGGCGGAGUGGUGAGAGAAAGCCGAGUGGUUGUGGCGUUGUUGCUGAAGUCGCCGCGGAGAGAAGCUACCUCCACGACUACGACUACGACCACGACUCCGCCUUCAGCGCUAUCAGUAGCGUCCGAGAGGCGCGCAGUUCGAACCUUGCUUCACCCGUGGAUACCGGUGGAGCUGAGUGUGUGUGUGCAGAUACAGACCCAUCUACAUCAGAUUCAUUCACAGAGAGAGGGCAGGGUGCUGGUAAGUCUCUGCCGUUCUCGGAAUCUGAUAGUGGUGGUAAAGACCGGUCACUUCAGCCACACACUGACCGACGGUCAGCACGUGUGAGUGGUCAAGGAUCACUCGGAGAGGGUGAGCUUCUGUCGUCUAAUAAUAGUACAAAUUUCUAUACUUGUGUGGGAUUCAACUCUGACCAAGAAAAUUCGCCAAAAGGUGUUAGAUCUGAUGACGUGAGUGCCGGUGAAAUUAUUCGAGAGGAUACUACUCUACGUAACCCGCGGCACAGCCACAACGACUGUCUCACACACGAAGAGUUUGUGUUCGAAUCUCACCCCCCAGGAAGGGCAAGUGAUAGUGAGAGAUUUCAAGAGGGCAUUAAUCGAGACCCGUGGUGUUUUGAUUCUUUGUCGGAUUCCGGAGUAAGUUUUGUAAGUGAACGUGACGUCGUAUUUCAAGACGCCCCCACUUCGGAUGAGUGUGCGAGCUUACCACUUCCACACUCUGCUUCAGUUUCAGCGGGCAGUGAGUCCAAUACACACGCCACCCACUACCCCUCUACUCACACAGAAUUCAGCGAAAAACUCGAUUCGGCGUGUGCUAUUUAUAACGCAGACGUCAUCGGCAAUGUGAAAUAUUGUCAAUGUGAAAUUCUCUGCGACUGUUUCGCAAGGAACCUCCAUUCCGAGACUGUGCGAUACCCUCCAUCCCAGACAAACCCGCUAAUCCCGUCCGUCUCCGAUAAGGGAUUGUCUUAUCUUGACAGCGGGGAGUCCAGUAAUUGGUGUCACUGCUCGGUGACUGCUAAUGAGGCGCGGCCGCUGGUCAUCUCGACUCACGCUGACCGCUGCCUGGCCUCGCGCGACCCUGGUGGUCACUACCUCAGAACUGACCAGCGCUCACAUGAUGGAUGUAGUAAGGGCCAGUCGGGUGUAGGUGCAGGUGUAGGAUAUGAGCUAACAGUUCAGUGUCCAGUGGAUAAUUUUUCUGUCAAAG